CCCUCCUUCCUGUCCCCUUCUCUGCCCCCCCUUCUCCCUACCCCCCCCCCCCAGUCCUGCAGACCUGGGGGCUUCGGGAUCUGGGCGCUAUGAAAAGUGUCUGCCCAGUCACUUCCGGUUUUUCUUCCCCCAAUCCCUCAGCUGCUGCUGCUGCUCAAGAGGUCAGAUCAGCCACUGAUGGUAAUACCAGCACCACUCCGCCCACCUCUGCCAAGAAGAGAAAGUUAAACAGCAGCAGCAGCAGUAGCGGCAGUAACAGUAGUAACGAGAGAGAAGACUUUGAUUCCACCUCUUCCUCCUCUUCCACUCCUCCUUUACAACCCAGGGAUUCGGCAUCCCCUUCAACCUCGUCCUUCUCGUGCCUGGGGGUCCCAGUGACUGCUCCCAGCCACGUACCGAUACAGAAGAAGCUACGUUUUGAAGAUAACCUGGAGUUUGUAGGGUUUGAUGCGAAGAUGGCUGAGGAAUCCUCCUCGUCCUCGUCCUCAUCUUCACCAACUGCUGCAACAUCUCAGCAGCAGCAACUUAAAAAUAAGAGUAUAUUAAUCUCUACUGUGGCUUCGGUGCAUCACGCAAACGGCCUGGCCAAAUCUUCCACCACCGUGUCUAGCUUUGCUAACAGCAAGCCUGGCUCUGCUAAGAAGUUAGUGAUCAAGAACUUUAAAGAUAAGCCUAAAUUACCAGAAAACUACACAGAUGAAACAUGGCAGAAACUGAAAGAAGCAGUGGAAGCUAUCCAGAAUAGUACUUCAAUUAAGUACAAUUUAGAAGAACUCUAUCAGGCUGUGGAAAAUCUCUGUUCUUACAAGAUUUCUGCAAACUUGUACAAACAGCUGAGACAGAUUUGUGAAGAUCACAUCAAAGCACAGAUUCAUCAGUUCAGAGAAGACUCUUUGGAUAGUGUUCUUUUUCUCAAGAAGAUUGAUAGAUGUUGGCAGAACCAUUGUAGACAGAUGAUCAUGAUCAGGAGCAUUUUUUUGUUUCUGGAUAGGACUUACGUUCUUCAGAAUUCAAUGCUACCAUCCAUUUGGGACAUGGGACUGGAGUUAUUUAGGGCUCAUAUUAUAAGUGAUCAGAAAGUCCAGAAUAAGACAAUUGAUGGCAUUCUUCUUUUGAUUGAGAGGGAGAGGAAUGGUGAAGCAAUCGAUAGAAGUUUACUCCGAAGCCUUCUAAGCAUGCUCUCUGAUUUGCAAAUUUAUCAGGAUUCUUUUGAACAACGAUUUUUGGAAGAAACUAACAGACUGUAUGCAGCUGAAGGCCAAAAAUUAAUGCAGGAAAGAGAGGUUCCUGAAUACCUUCAUCAUGUUAAUAAACGUCUAGAAGAAGAAGCUGACAGACUUAUUACUUACUUAGAUCAGACCACCCAGAAGUCAUUAAUUGCUACUGUGGAAAAACAACUUCUAGGAGAACACUUAACAGCUAUUCUUCAGAAAGGUUUAAAUAACCUCCUUGAUGAAAACCGAAUUCAAGAUUUAUCUCUCCUGUAUCAGCUCUUCAGUAGAGUUCGAGGUGGCGUUCAGGUUCUCUUACAACAGUGGAUUGAGUACAUUAAGGCAUUUGGUAGCACUAUUGUAAUUAAUCCUGAAAAGGAUAAAACCAUGGUUCAAGAAUUGCUGGAUUUUAAAGAUAAGGUUGACCAUAUAAUUGAUAUCUGUUUCCUGAAGAAUGAAAAAUUUAUCAAUGCUAUGAAAGAAGCAUUUGAAACAUUCAUUAACAAAAGACCAAACAAGCCUGCUGAACUUAUAGCGAAGUAUGUGGAUUCAAAGCUUCGUGCAGGCAACAAAGAAGCUACCGAUGAAGAACUUGAAAAAAUGUUGGAUAAGAUUAUGAUUAUAUUUAGAUUUAUAUAUGGUAAGGAUGUUUUUGAGGCCUUCUAUAAGAAAGAUUUAGCCAAGCGCCUUUUAGUUGGGAAAAGUGCAUCUGUCGAUGCUGAAAAAUCAAUGCUGUCCAAACUUAAACAUGAAUGUGGAGCUGCUUUCACCAGCAAACUUGAAGGAAUGUUUAAAGACAUGGAACUUUCUAAAGACAUCAUGAUUCAGUUCAAACAGGUAAAAUAUAUGCAGAACCAGAAUGUACCUGGGAAUAUUGAAUUAACUGUGAAUAUCCUGACAAUGGGUUACUGGCCAACAUAUGUGCCUAUGGAAGUUCAUUUACCACCAGAGAUGGUAAAACUUCAGGAGAUUUUCAAGACAUUUUACCUUGGCAAACAUAGCGGCAGGAAACUUCAAUGGCAAUCAACUUUAGGACACUGCGUGCUAAAGGCAGAGUUUAAAGAGGGUAAAAAAGAACUCCAGGUCUCUCUUUUUCAAACACUGGUGCUGCUAAUGUUUAAUGAGGGAGAGGAGUUCAGUUUAGAAGAGAUCAAGCAGGCUACUGGAAUAGAGGAUGGAGAGUUAAGGAGAACAUUGCAGUCAUUGGCCUGUGGCAAAGCCAGAGUUCUGGCGAAAAAUCCAAAGGGUAAAGAUAUUGAAGAUGGUGACAAGUUCAUUUGUAAUGAUGAUUUCAAGCACAAACUUUUCAGGAUAAAGAUCAAUCAAAUUCAGAUGAAAGAAACGGUUGAAGAACAAGCUAGUACCACAGAAAGAGUAUUUCAAGAUAGACAAUAUCAAAUUGAUGCUGCAAUUGUUCGAAUUAUGAAGAUGAGAAAGACACUUAGCCACAAUCUCCUUGUUUCAGAAGUGUACAACCAGUUGAAAUUUCCAGUCAAGCCUGCUGAUCUUAAGAAGAGAAUAGAAUCCUUAAUUGACCGGGACUACAUGGAGAGAGACAAAGAAAAUCCAAAUCAGUACAAUUACAUUGCAUAAAAUGUUGUUGGCCUUGAAGCAUUUGCUGUCAUAUACAAUAGCCAGUGGAUAAACUAACCUGUUGUUGUUUGAAUUCUUUUAUACUACCAAUGACCAAAUGAAGCAGUGUAAUGGGAAUAGUUGAGUGACUUUUCAGUGGUUAACAUGCCCAUUUAAAGAGUAAUACUUACCUUUAAGAAGAAUGUUGUCGAACUCUUUGCAUGUUAUUUAGUAUGAUGUGCAGAAAACUCUUUUAAGAAAGUACCCGGUUUUCAUGAUUCCUAUUUGGAACUGGGGAAGAGGUCCUUAUGGCUAUUAAAGAAGGAGGAAGGGGUUCUUAUACACCAUUUAAUUAUGAAGCAAAAGGUUUAUUUGCUUAAAAUGUCAUUUAAAGAUACUUAAACUGCAUGCAAACUUUAUUUACUGUACAGAGUUCUGGAUGUAUUUAUCAAAUAGAAAAACCACCCUGGA